AUGGUUGACAAUGUACUAGCACAAGGAUGCAAGGUCACGGCGCAUGACCUCCGGCCAAAUGCACUCGCCGGCAAUGGCAAUCCAGAUCUCAAUUGCCUACAGGGAAGCAUCAGCGAUGAAGACGCGAUAGCAGAGUCAUUUGCACAAGCGGUGAAACACCACCAAGCACCUGUGAACAUUCUUUGUGCCAAUGCAGGCAUAACCGAUGAAUCUAACAACUAUCCCAUCUGGGAAAUGCCCACGGAGCUCUGGGACCGUACUUAUGCCACCAACGUUCGCGGUACAUACCUCACCAUCAAACACUUUCUGAAGAGUGUUGAGGUGGCACAGAUCGAUACUGGAAAGGAGCUGGCGAAUGUGAGUGUGAUAGUCACAGGCUCAGAGUGUGGCGUAUUUGGGCAAGCAGGGCAUGUCGAAUAUGCCUCCGGGAAGGCAGGCUUGCAAUAUGGUCUAGUCAGAACAGUGAAGAAUGAGAUUGUGAGACUGAACGGAAAAGCGAGGAUUAAUGCUGUUGCGCCGGGCUGGGUAGACACGAAGCUCAUCGAGGGGCGCUUGGAUGAUCCGAAGGAGAUGUGGAGGGAAGCUCAAGCUACCGUCCCUCUGAGGAAGAUUGCGCAGCCCACCGACGUUGCUCGGGCAGCAGCAUUCUUGGCUUCACAUCGAGCAGCUGGCCAUAUCUCCGGCCAAUGCAUCUCAGUGGAUGGAGGCAUGGAGGGUCGGAUCGUAUGGUCCGAAGACGAGAUUCAGAAGUCUCAACAGACGGCAUCACGGCCAACACCAAAAACAGCACAAAGUACAGUUGAGGUCUUCGGCACGAGCACACAAGGUGUUCAGAUAUCGAGCGUUAGUCAACCGACAACAUCAGGACAGCCUACAUCGGCUUCAGUCACACCACAAAAUACGCGCAAGAUCAAAAUCCUCCUGUCUGUCGAUUUUGAUGCAGUCAGUGGCUGGCUAGGCACAGGUCAGCACCCAGACAAUAACCUCGCCGAUUACAGCAGCGGUUUCUUUGCCGGACAAGUCGGCGUUCCUCGACUCCUGAAGCUGUUCAAGAAGCUUGGAGUACAAAAUAAAGUAACUUGGUUCGUGCCCAUGCACUCCGCAGAAAGCUUUCCGGACCAAUUCCAAAGCAUCCUGGACAGCGGAGCAGAAAUCGGUCUGCAUGGCUACUGCCAUGAAGGUGCGCCGCAACUUACACCAACACAAGAACGCGAUGUGCUUGAGCAUUGCAUUGCGCUGUAUCAAGAGCUUGUUGGACGCCGACCGGUCGGGUACCGAGCGCCGCUAUAUCAACUCCGCGAGUCGACAGUGGAGUUGCUGGAGAAGUACAGCUUCCUGUAUGACACCUCGCUUUCCCAUCACGAUAGCAAGCCAUACCACCUGCCAAACCUACCUCCAAUCAAAGCGCCAGCAUACGAAGCCUCAGCCUCCGCAAAAGACUGGAUGAAACCCCUUCCCAAGCCCUCCGCCCCAACUUCAAAGACACUUAUCGAGAUCCCAGCAAACUGGUACGCAGAAGACAUGACGCCGCUGCAGUUCUGGCCGCACACUCCGAACUCCCAGGGAUAUGUUGAUGUGCGUGUUAUUGAGAAUAUGUGGAAGGAUAAGUUUGAGUGGAUUAGGAGCGAAGUGGAAGAAAUGGGGGAGAAGGACAGCAUGGUCUUUCCCCUGGUGCUGCAUCCGGACACGAGCGGUAUGGCGCAUGUGAUUGGCAUGAUUGAGAGGUUCGUGAAGUGGUUGCAGGGGUGGGGUGGGGAGGUGGAGUUUUGCACGUAUGAGGAGGCGGCGAGGGAGUGGAAGGCGAAGAAUCCUGUGGCAUAG